GGAACAGUCAGUACCUAUAAUUUACCUGAAACUGACAAACGUUGGACACGAACAGAAUGUACAAGUCUAACAUGGAACAGAAAUCCGCGUGAUUUCCUGUUCCGUGGCUUUAGAAGGAAUGGGGAGAGGAAUUUCUCGCGCUCGUGUUCCUCUUUUCUUCCGCCGUUGUCUCUGUCUCCCCCUCCCUCUUUUUUCCUCUUCCUUCUUUGCUCUCUCCCUAUUUCUCUCUCCCCUCCCUCCCUCCCUCUUCCGCUGCUCUCUCUCUCUCUCCUUCCUCUGCUUUCGUUUGGGACAAGGGCUGCAACUCUUUGUUCCAUAAAAAUCACCGCAUCUGCUUCGAGAGGGAGGCCGCUGCUCGAGAAAGGGGCGAGCGCGUCGCUGCAAAUCAGGGGACUCCUCCGCUGAGAAGGGACGCCCACCAAGUGUUCGGGGAAAUGCAUGAGCCAGAUGAGAGAGAAAUUCACUUUCUCCAAGUGUUUUCUGCUCCUGUCACUGGCUACGCUAUAAAUGGGUUUGAAAAAAUGCAUUUGCAGCAUUUGGAAAUGCAUAAUAGGGGUGUGAUAGAUUCAGUUUGUAGCUUAUGGAGUGUUCCACAAUUUUUUGUUUCAAAACAGUUAGCUCAUUUUUUUCCUCUACUUUUUUGGAUUGUCUAUUUUUUUGCUAGAGUGCUAGUUAUGAUAUAUUAUAACAUGAAAACGUAUGACAGAGAAGGCAUUCAUAGACAUUCAGUGUUGCUUCUACUUUCAACUGUUCCAUCUUCCUGCAGGGUAUCAUUGAGUUUCCUUUCAGCUAUAUGAUCUCAAGCAGGAGGGUUCAUUGAACGGCAAGAGAUGAAAACCCCAGUCAUGCCUGUUGUAGAGUUAGACCAUGGAGAUUCUUCUUCUAUUGAACAUUGCACUCAAGGGAAAAAAACACGUGGACCAAAUCGUCUUUUGAAGGUGAGAAAGUUGCCUGUUGGUGAAAAACUUAAAGUAGAUCACAAUUACCUUGGCCAACCUAUUGGUGAGAAUGCAAGCACAUUGUCCAAGUAUAUGGGAUUCCUUGUACGAGAUGGUUGUUUAGCGCCUCUUACAUAUAAAAGUUGGAAGCAGAUGCCAAUGAGCUAUAAAAAGGACUUACAACAUCGUGUUAAGGAAAAAUUCGAUAUUGAUAAGUCUACUAAGAGAUGGAUGCUCAAAACUCUUGGAAAACAAUGGAGAGAAUGGAAGUGUACUCUUAAAAGAGAACAUUUUGACAUUCACGAGACAUAUGAAAGACAACUUGAGGAUUGUGACUCUAGGGUUGUGCCAAGCCAAUGGGUUGCACUCGUGGAAUAUUGGAACUCUGACGAAGGAAAGCAACUUUGUAAGCAAAAUAAGAAUAGUCGUGCAAAGCAAAAAUGUCCUCAUACAUUGGGUAGCAAGAGUCUUGCACGUGUUCGCGAGGAAAUGAUGGCAGAAAAAGAAGAUGAAUCAGAGCCAAGUAGACUUGAAGUUUUCAUGAGAACACACAUGAGGAGUGGUCAAUAUGUUGAUGAAACAUCUGCUCGAAUAGCUGCUGAAUGCAUGGAGAGACUAGCUCAUUUAGAUAGAAGGGGAGAUGAUAUGGCCAAGGAUGAUACUUUUGCACAAGUUGUUGGAGAAGACCAACCUGGUCAUGUGCGCACUUAUGGGUUGGGUCCCACUCCUUCGGACUUUUUUGGCUUAUGUCCAACCAAGGUUGAAUUAAUAAAAAGAGCUACAGCAGCAGAAAAGAAAAUAAAAAACUUGGAGAAGAAAAUAGAAAAGCUUCAAAAAGAUAAUGAACAACUAGCAGCAGAAAAUCGACAAUUACGAGCGAAUUUACAAGGCCGAAGCUCUAGAGUAUGUGUACAUUUAUCUUUGAGAGAGUGUGUGUUCCUUAUUAAUGACUUUUUUUGGUUGAUUUUGCAGGUGCGACAUUGAAGGGCAUGAUCGUGCAUGUUUUUUCUUUUUCUUGUUAUAAUAAUGUUAUGUAUUGAACCAUUAGAUGCACUAAAUAGAUAAGAAAUUGUUUACAAGAAUGCUUUCUUAUUUAAUUCAAGUUAAUAGAUGAUUUUUUGGUAGACAUCUUAUGUACGUAUAUCAAUUUUUUUGGCUAUUUUUUACAUAUAUAAUCGGAUUUGGUGUUUGGUAGAUGAAGGGAACUUACAAUGGACAGUCUAAUGAUCUCUUGAAGAUCUGCAUUCUGGAGUUAGUUAUGUGGGUAUAAUUCACAUUUUACUAUCUUUCUUUUCUCCCAACUUAUCAAGAUCUAGUAACUUCCAAGAGAUUGCACUUCCAUCUGCCUGUAAUUGUUUUUCAUGAAUUUUUUUAACCUGUCAAGUGGUUUAUUUUUGGUGAAAAUGACUAUAGCAAUUUGUUUAGCAUGGGGUCUACUUAUAUACAAAUAUAGGGUUCUAAUUCUAAUAAUGUUCAAUAUGAUUGUAAAGUGAAUUGUCUGAAUGGUGAAAGGUGAACAGGCUUUAGUUUAUGAUGUAAAGGAUGUUCCUGAAACUAUCCGUAUGCUGGUUUCUGCUUUUUGACUCGCAUUUUUAUUUGGAUAUUCCAUACCCUUUUUUAGCUUUAGUGCUGGUUUAGGUAGGUUCAAAAUAUUUUGUCCUGCUGUUGGAGAAGCUCUAAGGUAUAAGAAACUCCUUAUUUUGUGCUUUAUCUUUUCAGUUUGCCAUAGGUGAAUAUAUUUGUUCUCAUUUUGUUUUAAAUCCUUGAUGAUGAAAAGAGAUGCCUUUAAAAGAGCUUCAAAGUAACCAUAGAAAGGUUAUCUUCACUGGAGAAAGCUAAGAGGGGUUGGCAUGAAGAAUAUGAAAUAUCUUAUGAAUAGGUUACUGCUUUUACUUCAGAGUAUUCUUCUCUCUGCUGCUUUCUCAAGUUCUCCACAAGUCUUGCAUCUUAUGUGGUAUAAUUACUACCAGUAACAGUUUUGUUUGACGCUCAAAACUAGUUUCCCUGUUGGGUCUUCUAUAGACUUUUAUACGGACUGGCAAGAGCAAUGUGCUGUUAUAUAUUCAUAGAAUGGGAACUUGAUGAAACACAAUAACUGGAAACCUGAUCAUAUUCCAUACCGUAUGGUUUUUUUGGCAUCAUAUACUCGAGUAGUAUGGCUGACGUGGUGCAUGUCCUGUAGCUGACCACUUUGUUAUUUCAUAUCAAACUUUUGGUGAAUAGGGCAUUUUUUGUAACUUGUUGCAGGAUCAUGAUGAAUAUUUUGGAAGAUCAUGCUUGUGAUUGUGUUUGUGUGUGGGGAUUUGCUUGUAUUUCAUAUGUUCCUUUAACUUUCUAUGUUCUUUAUUUACCCUUCUGCUCUUAUUUCAGGUUUGACAUUGUCCGUAAAUCACUUAGGUAAAACUAAAAGCUCUUUUACUCCCACUGACAUUUUUUAAAUUUAGCCAUCCAUUCUGGAGCAUCAAUUUAUUGGAAGCGCCUUUUGUCAAUUUGUAUAGUUUACUCAGUCGUCCACCAUGCCCUUGCUUUUUACUCUUACUGCUGUCAAAGGUGUUUUCUCUUUGCAAUCUCUUUUGUUUCUGAACGUUUUAGUUGCAUGGGUUAACUGUUUCUAACCUAAGAAUUUAUCUGUUCUUAUCAGAAGGAACAUCAUUGUGAACCAUCCUGGGGUUUCAGAGACUGUUUUAGAUUCGUGCAUGCCUUUGUUGUGACAAUUUGGAACAUGACCAAAAGAAUUAACGGUCUCAGUCAGGGAGCUGCGUCCUUAUUACGCUUACCAAGAGAGAAGUUCCUUAACACUGAGAAGAGAUGUAGAAAAAAAAAUAUAUUAGUUAGUUGGCCCUUUUUGAGAGGACAUGCCAGAUUGUCAUGGAGAACAAAAACCAUCAAAUACAAUUGGAAGCAACGUCUGUAAUAAACUUUGAUCAUAACGUGAAGCAGCCCUGUCCUGAAAGGAACAAGCAGCAGUUUGUACAACCAUGGUCAAUGAUGAUGGAUGAACGUCUCAGAGUCUUUUUGGUUAAGAUCAGAUUAUUGAAAAUGAUUGCAGUAAGUUUACAGUUUCGAAAUAGUGCUGUAACUUUGGCCUUAUUUUGCUUUUUCUUAAGAGGCUUUAGGAUGAUUAGCUCCUCUAUUUGUGGCUUCCUGUUGUAAUUAUAACAAGUUAUCCUUGAGAAAAUUAUUGUUUAGGGAAACACUAUUAAAAUUUGCAAUAAUAAAAUAUUUUUUUCUUGAAGAUUACCA